UUUCAACUGGAAAGUCGAGCGUAACUGUUGUUGUUUAAUUACAAUGAAUUGAAGAUAAGUAACCAUGACUUCCAACGUUAAGUUAGUGUUUAUAUUGUAUUAUAUCAACGUGUGCUUUGCUGGUAUUGGCAAUGUAAUCACGUCUAAGGAUAGAGAAUAUGAUGUGAUCGAUUUUAAAGUACCUAAUAGUGUUUGGAAACAAGCAUUACAUCCGGUACCAAUAUUAAAAUCACCUGUCACUAUAGUUUUGCCGGUACAAGUCCCUCAAGAUUAUGACAAUGAAGAAGAUGAGGUAGAUGAUGAAGUUCCCAGUCCAAUUGAACCGGUGACAACAGUAGAAAAUGAUGUAAUCAAUGAAGAUGUAAUUCAAGAAGUUACUCAAACCUCAAUUACUACUAUAGCUGCCAUUACACCAGCUCCUGUCGAAGAGAAUGAAGUUUCCGAUAAUCCUGUGGAAGAAAUUGAAGGUCAAGUAGUGAGAUUCCCUUGCAACUGUGUGAAGAGACAGUGCGGGUGCUGUACUGGAUCGAUUUUAGAAAGAGUUCGAAUGAAAGCAUGUGGAAAUAUAACUUUUGUACCAGAAGAUUUUAUAUUCGACGUAAGACUAAGCGUUAACAACAAUACAGUCGUUCGACGUAGAGUAUCAGCGAGUGAUCCUCCCCCGAUUUGCUUCAAUCCCAGGAGAGCACCCUUCGUUCGUGUUUGUGCAGAAAUUUCCGAUAUUCGUAUCCGGAAUGGAAAUACAUUUGCGUGUUUAGACAUGAACGCGGACAUUGCUGGUUUUCCUGUUUAUUCGGCUUCGUUUAGAUGUUUUGGUUUUGGUUCAUCAGGUGUUCAAACAGGCUUGAAACCUAAACCAGUAUCUUCUGGACCGAAACCAAUAAGUCUCUUUGGUAGUGGAAGUGAAGAUACCGGUGGGGGGUUUUUGGAAAAUGCCGCAGGAACUCUUCUAGGAGAUGGUAAUGGCGGAGGCCUGUUCGGUCGACCCGGUGGUGGACUUUUCGGUGGAAGACCAAACAAUAACGGACCACUCGAUGACAUCGGUGAUGCUAUUGGAGAAUUUUUCCAAUAAGAUAUGAAUAAUACGUAUACAAAUAAUUUAGAAGGAAUUGAAGUACCCGAUAGUGCGUUGAUUUUAUUAAAUCAAUUUAAAUUAAGAACAUCGAUAGACUAUUCUAGACAAAAUCAAGAUACAUCGGAACAAACUUCACCUAUAUCCAGACCUUGCUCUUGUGCAUUGGGAGUCUGUAAAUGUUGUACAGGACCAAUAUUGGAUUUGUUCAAACAAAAAGCAUGUAUGAAAAUAACUUAUCAUCCGGGAGAUUUCGCCUUCGAUGUGGCCAUGUCAAUGAAUGAUCGAAUACUAUACGAAAACUCCAUGUCUGGAAAAAAUCCAAGGCCCAUGUGCAUAAGUCCACCAAGAAUGCCCAACCUUAAAGUAUGUGCACGAUUGUAUAACGUCUUUUUCCCCGGAAGGAACUUUCAUUUUUGUUUGGCAAUGAACGGACGAUGGCGGUCCGUGGAACUGUUUAACAUUGCGUUCGACUGUUUAAGGAUGGGUGCUAAUGGUUUGGCAAUGUUAAAACCGGAUGAAGAUGGAGGUCUGACGAUACCAAACCCACAAGGAGGUGUUGAUGCCGUCAUUGAUGCUGGCGAGGAUGACAUCGAAGAAUACGACGAGAAUCUCGUGCGGUCACUCCUCGACACUCUUGAUGAUUUUUAAUUGAUCACUGACAAUGUUAGUCAUUGUUUCAUUGUGAUGUUGUGCCGUUAGUUACUAAGAUGAUUAAAUUAUUUAUUUAUGUUAUUAGUUGUGUUAACCGUACUAGUAAUAUCUCUUGUAUUAUGUUUGAUUGUCUCUGACUUUCUAUAGUAUUAAAUUAAUUUUUAAAGUU